AUGGCGUCUCUUCGCGUUCUUGCGUUCGAUCAUGAGGGCCGCCCGAUCCAGUUUGACACAUGGCUCGACGACCUGCAUCUGUACCUCUUGAGCGACUCUAGGGACAGCGUUUCGUUGUUUGACCACACGUCUAGUGCUGCUCCCGCUCCUCCCACCACAGCUGACAGUGCGACUUGCUCACAGUGGCUUACUUGUGACACUGCUGCUUCCAUUCGCAACCACCUGCCGUUAGCCGAAUGCGCUCACUUCGGACAGCAUAGGACGGGACAGACACUGUACGACUCUGUAGUCGCCCGUUACUCCUCACCUGCCACUGCUGCUCUAGGCCGUCUUCUGCUGCCCUACCUGUUUCCCGAGCUGUCCGCGUUUGCCACGGUAGAGGAUCUGGUUUCCCACCUUCGCAAUAGCGAUGCUCGCUACCGCGCUGCCCUCUCGGCAGAUUCCCUUGCCAAGAACCCACCCCCGAUGUACAUCACUCUUUACUUCAUAGUCACCCACCUCCCUGACUCUCUUCGCGCUGUCAGGGACCACUUUCUCGCACUUGACCCCACAGCCCUCACUGUUCACCUACUCGAGCAGCACCUCCUUGCAGCUGAGACUAGUGUAGUCGCUGUAGGUGCUGCUCAUGGUACUCCGCGCACGCCCUUCUUUGAGGGGUGCUGCCCCUCCCCCCUUGCUCCCUCCUACGCCUCUGCUGCUGCUGCUGACGUCCCUGGUGCUGAGGACGUCGGGGCUGCUUCUGCUAGUGCGAAGCGCCGCAGCAGCAAGGGCAAGGGUAGCAGGGGUGGUGGCGGUGGCAGCGGGGGUGGUGGUGGGGGCAGCAGUGGAGGUGGUGGAGGCAGUGGAGGUGGUGGCAGCGGUGGGAGUGGUGGCGGGAGUGGGGGCUUUGGUGGCGGCGAUGGAGGCAGCGGUGGGAGUGGCGGAAGUGGCAGCGGUGGGAGUGGUGGUGGUCGGAGUGGAGCUCAGCGUGGAGGUUUUGGAGGAGGCCAGAGGCAGCAGCAGCAGCGUCGGAGCGAGACCCUGUUGCCCCAGCAGCUUCGUGAGUGGUUUGCUCAGCGUGGGGCGUCUGGGGGUAGUGUGAGCUGCCCAUAUGUCAUUCGCACGGGUGACCAUGCUGGUCAGACAUGCGGGAAGCCUCACACUCAGCACUGCUGCUUCUCCCGCCUUGACGACGCUUGGCGCGCUGAGUUUGGUGACGAGGCCGAGGGCCCCCGCUCGGCAGAGCUGCUUAGGUAUAGAGGCUGCUUCUCUAGGUGCUAG